UUCUGCCAAAGCAUUGGCACUGUCACAACACAGCUAGGAAGCUAGUAGGGAUAGUCCGCAUCGAAACAGUGUAGACUGCAUUAAAUUAGAUAGGACUGCCUGUAUCAUGACGAUGAACAAUUGUUUAAAAGUGUCGAGAUCUAUGUUUCGUGCUUUACACAGAAAUGUCAUUCCGGGUUGCUCCUCGAGGACAUUGAUGAACUCUUUUUGGACAUUCUCUCCGUGUGUACAAUAUACCCCCGUUGUGGCCUGCAGAGGGAGGAUUCAAUGGCGCAACUUCAGCUCAUCCAAAGAGUCCGACGUGUCUUAUGAGCAGCUGAAGAAGUUGUUAGCUGCUGGUGCUGCUUCAGUGAUUGACGUGCGUGAACCAUGGGAACUCAGGGAAUAUGGAAACAUUCCCGGGUCGAUAAACGUGCCUUUGGGACAGGUGAGCAAUGCUCUGAAGCUCAGUGCUGAGGAGUUCCAGGAGAGGUACGGCGGGACCAUGCCCUCACAGACUGAGAACAUCGUCUUCACCUGUCUUGCUGGAGUGAGGAGCAAAACCGCCUUGGACACUGCAACCUCCCUGGGCUAUUCAAAUGUCCAGCACUAUCCAGGAGGGUGGAAGGACUGGGCAAACCAUGAAAUACUACAAACCAAAGAGUGAGCUUCUUUUCCGGACGGGGUUGUGGUGGAACCCCCCCAAAUAAUGGAAAUAAUGUCUGGCAAACAUGAUUUGUGCACUCUUUAUGAUGCAGCUUUUACACAUCAUGCCAAUUUCAGAGCAAUGACACUUGUAAAUACAUAGUUGUUCUCUGUGACUGAAUAAUGAGGGUGAUGAUGAUGACGAAGGCCAUAAUGACGGUGGUAUCACAUGAUAAGCGUGUUGAGUGUUGAGAAUGACCAGGAGCGAAUGAGGAGUUCCAGAACGGGUUUACCGGGACACUGUUCUUUGAAACCUCUCCGAAGGUAAAAUUCAGGUUUUAAAAUGAUUUCUUUCCAGGACUUUAAGUACUGCGUGCUUACCAAUCUUAGGCGACCUCUGACCAUCUUUUCUGUGCGAGUUCAAUGCAAAGCAUACAAUAACAUGUUGUUUCAAUCAUUUCAAUGGUAGGAGUUAGAUCCUUUAGUGGCAUGUGGCAUGUGCCAGUGACAUGCGGAAGUGGCAUCACUGGCAUGCUACUAUAAAACACAUUUUUCCACUGACCGGUUAGGUUUAGGAAGGAGUUUUGGUUUAGGCACAGUUCGGCAUGUUUAUAGGUUGGUGUACACACAUUUUUCACUGACAGGUUAGGUUUAGGAAUUAGUUGUGGUUUAGUUACAGUUCGACAUCGACAUGCGGAAGUGGCAUGGCAUGCUAUUAUAAUUAAAACACAUUUUUCCACUGACAGAUUUGGUUUAGGAAUGGAUUUUGGUUAAGGCAUAGUUCGGCAUGUUUAUGUUGGUGUGUACACAUUUUUCACUGACGGGUUAGGUUUAGCAAUGAGUUUUGGUUUAGGCACAGUUCGACAUCGUAGUAGCCAUAGCCAUAGUAACCAUAACUGUGACAUGCCCAACUGUGACUGCGCUUGACAUGCCUGUUAAUUGUUGUAAUUACAGACAUAGAAUACAUAAAUAAUUGCAAAUAAUACUUAUUAAUAAUAAAUAUAAUUACACUUAUUAAUAAUAAUGAGUAUAGGUCUGUGGUUCUAAUAUAAAAUCAAUGGACAUGCCACUGCGACACUUCCGCAUGUCACUGGCACAUGCCACAUGCCACUAAAUGAUCUAACCCCCUCUCCAUUUCAAUCAUGUCCUGCAUAUUCAACCAUGCCAAGUCAUACAUCCAAAAUACAGUAUAUUUUGCCAAUUAGUCUGGUAACUAAUGUCUAACACUAACACAGCAGAUGCCAUUUCACAUGAUUUUGUAUACUGAUUAGAAAAAAUAUGUAUUAAAGGUGUUUUUCAAUGA